CUUACGAUCAUCUUUUGGAAGUCCCGGUCACUCGGGAGCAGUUAAAUCACUGUCGGAAUGUGGCUCAAAAUGCUCGAAGUGAACUUGCAGCAACUCUGGUCAAAUUUGAAUGUGCUCAGUCUGAGCUUCGAGACCUCCGAUCCAAGAUGCUUUCUAAAGAAGUCUCCUAUCAAGAAUUGAAAGCUGAAAUGGAGAGCUACAAGGAAAGCAAUGCCAGAAAAUCAUCUCUCCUUACCUCUUUGAGAGACAGAGUUCAGGAGCUAGAAGAAGAAUCAGCAGCACUUUCCACUUCUAAAAUCAGAACAGAAAUCACAGCUCACACUGCAAUCAAGGAGAACCAGGAAUUAAAGAAGAAAGUUGUAGAGUUAAAUGAAAAAUUACAAAAGUGUUCAAAAGAAAAUGAGGAGAAUAAGAAACAAGUUUCAAAGAAUUGCAGGAAACACAAGGAAUUUCUGAUUCAACUGCGUGACUGCUUGGAUCCAGACGAGAGGAAUGACAAGGCAUCAGAUGAAGAUUUAAUUUUAAAGCUUAGAGAGCUGUGCAAGGAAAAUGAAUUCGUGAAAGGACAAAUUGUUAUUCUUGAAGAGACUAUAAAUGUCCAUGAGAUGGAGGCAAAAGCUAGCAGAGAAACGAUCAUGAGGCUGGCUUCAGAAGUCAACAGAGAGCAGAAAAAAGCUGCCUCCUGUACUGAAGAGAAAGACAAGCUGAACCAGGACCUGCUCAGUGCUGUAGAAGCAAAACAAGCUCUUGAAAGGGAAGUUAAGAUCUUCCAAGAAAGGCUGCUUGCUGGCCAGCGGGUCUGGGAUGCCUCAAAGCAGGAGCUGAGCCUCCUGAAGCAAAGCUCUUCCGAGUUGGAGAAGAGUUUGAAGGCAAGUCGGGAUGCAGUCACAGCCUCACAAAGCCAGUACUCCUCAUUUACGGAGAAAAUUGCAGCCCUCCUUAGGGGCAGAUUGGGCACGACUGGGUCUACUGAGGACACCAUUUUGGAGAAGAUUCGAGAAAUGGGCAGCCAGGAAGAAAGCAGGGACCAGAUGGUCUCCCAGCUUGAAGCCCAAAUAUCUGAGCUUGUUGAACAGUUGGGAAAGGAGUCUGAGUUUCACCAGAAAGCUCUCCAGAGGGCCCAGAAAGCAGAGAAUAUGUUGGAGACUCUUCAGGGUCAGCUGACACACCUGGAGGCAGAGCUGGUUUCUGGAGAUGUUUUGCGAGACAACUUGAAUUUUGAGAAACAAAAAUAUCUUAAAUUUCUGGAUCAGCUUUCACAGAAAAUGAAGUUGGACCAGAUGGCUGCCGAACUUGGUUUUGACAUGCGCCUGGAUGUGGUUUUAGCUCGAACAGAGCAGCUGGUUCGUCUUGAGAGCAAUGCAGUCAUUGAGAACAAGACCAUUGCCCACAAUUUGCAGAGAAAGCUAAAGACACAGAAAGAGAGACUGGAGAGCAAAGAACUACACAUGAGCUUCCUCCGGCAGAAAAUAGCCCAGCUGGAGGAGGAGAAGCAGGCACGCACGGCCUUGGUGGUUGAGAGGGACAACAUGCAUCUUACCAUCAGGAACCUGCAGAAGAAGGUGGAGAGGCUGCAGAAGGAGCUGAACACAUGUCGAGACUUGAACACUGAGCUCAAAGCCAAACUGGCUGACACCAAUGAACUGAAGAUUAAAACUUUGGAACAAACUAAAGCCAUUGAAGAUCUAAACAAAUCCAGAGACCAGCUGGAGAAGAUGAAGGAGAAAGCUGAGAAAAAGCUCAUGUCUGUCAAGUCAGAACUGGAUACCACAGAACAUGAGGCUAAGGAGAAUAAAGAAAGGGCCAGAAACAUAAUAGAAGUGGUAACCAGUGAAAUGAAGACACUAAAAAAAUCUUUGGAAGAAGCAGAAAAGAGAGAAAAGCAGCUGGCAGACUUCAGGGAGGUGGUGUCCCAGAUGCUAGGCUUGAACCUGACCAGCCUUGCUCUUCCUGAUUACGAAAUCGUCAAGUGUCUUGAAAGACUGAUCCAUUCACAUCAGCAUCACUUUGUUACCUGUGCCUGCCUCAAAGAUGUGACUACCGGGCAAGAUAGGCACCCACAAGGCCAUUUACCACUUCUUCAUUGAACACUGUGUCUCUUGAGAGAGGUGGCCAUAAGAUAUGGGACACAAUUCCCAAUUUUACAGAUUCCUCAUGUCUUUGAGAUUUGAUCAGUUUGUGAAUAUUUUAUGCUUUGAUGAUAUAGUGAGAAUGCAUCACUUGCAAGAACGAUCUCAAAAGUGUCAGCUUUAGAUAAACACUCAGUGUUAAAAACGCC